UUACCGAGAGAGGGCACUACAAAUAAAAAUGGCAGCCUCCAUCAUAGUGAGGUCGUGUAGGCCUUUAAUAACAUCAUUCGGAAUAAAGAAGGUGGCUCAUAUAUUUGAUAAUAAACUCUCACAAUGUAUACGUCAAACGUGUAAGUAUGUACCCAUAAGGUCAAUUACACAAAAACAGAUGGAGGAAAAUAGACGGAAAUAUUGGUUAACGACUGGAAAGUAUGGGGCCCUAAUCGUAUUCCUCAUCUUCACUGCUCCCUACCUCCCUGCAUUCAUCGAGGCGCCUAGACAUUGGGAACCCAGGCGAGAGAAAAAAAGGAAAAGACUCCAACAGGAAGCUAACAGACUCUCUGGUACAACUGACGAAGAUGUAAUAAAUGAAGAGAGUGAUAAUGCUAAUAAUAAACCGUAUACAGGCUUAUCUUUACCCGGACGUGGCGUUAAAGCAUCGGAGAUUGUUGUUGACAGUGAGGAAUUGAAAUCCAAAAGAUCAAAUCGAUACAAUUUCAUAGCAGACACAGUAGACCUAGCUGGACCAGCUGUUGUGUAUAUAGAAAUUCAAGGAAGGCAUCCUUUUCGUAGAGGUCAAGUUCCAAUGUCUAAUGGGUCAGGCUUUAUUGUUUCGGAUGAUGGCUUGAUUUUGACCAAUGCUCAUGUUGUUGCCAAUGGACAGAUAAGUGUCGUAAAAGUUCGGCUGAAAGAUGACUCAGUGUACGAGGGUCGAGUUAUUGCAGUGGACUCAGUUUCUGAUUUGGCUGCAUUGAAAAUUAAUGCUGGUAAAAAACUUCCUAAAUUGAAACUAGGGAAAUCAUCCCAGUUGAGGCCAGGUGAAUGGGUGGUUGCUAUGGGAAGUCCCUUGUCACUAAGCAACACAAUAACAGCUGGGAUUGUGAGUGCUGUUAGCCGUACAAGCAAGGAACUUGGAUUAAACAAAGAUAUAGAUUAUAUUCAGACUGAUGCGGCAAUCACGUUUGGUAAUUCAGGAGGUCCACUGGUAAAUCUGGACGGUGAAGCUAUCGGUAUCAACACCAUGAAAGUUACAGCUGGAAUUUCUUUUGCCAUACCAAUCGAUUAUGCUUUAGAUUUUAUUGAAGAAAGCAAAAAAAUAGUAAAAGCAGGAUCCCAGUCUACAGGCUGGUUUAGUAGUAACAAACCCCAGGCUGUUAAAGGGUCCCAGAAGUAUUACUUGGGCAUCACUAUGCUGUCCUUAACACAGCAGAUUAUAAUUGAACUAAAGCAACGAUCACCAGAUUUUCCAGAUAUUCAGUAUGGAGUUCUUGUUUAUGGCGUCACCCAAGGAUCACCUGCCCACAGAAGUGGCUUGAAACCUGGUGAUAUUAUUACACACAUUGAUAAGCAAGAGAUCAAAUCUUCAAAGGAAGUAUAUAGUGCUGUGAAGAGUGAAAAUCAGCUAAGGAUCUCGGUCGUUCGAGGUCAAAAGGUCAUGCAAUUAACAGUUACGCCUGAAAUUAUUUAAUUGAGAAAGUGCAGCAAUGCCCAUAAAUAUGGUGAAGCAAAUGGCGCACUAUAUUGUUAAACUUCUUGUUUUAAUAUUCUAAAUAUAUUAGUAGAAUAUCAAUUAAUAUUGAAGCAAUAUUUGAAUAAACUUGUUUUGAAAUUC